AUGCCGGGUAAGUUAAGAGUUGUCUUUGACUGUGCUGCUAAGUAUCAAGGCACAUCGUUGAAUGACAAUCUGUUACAAGGUCCCGACCUAACUAACAGUAUUUCUUAUGCGAUUCCGGCAGGCCCCAGUAGCAUUGGUUGCGGACAUAGAAGCCAUGUUCCACAGGUAAGAGUAUGUGAGCAUAAUAGGGAUUUUUUAAGAUUUCUUUGGUGGCCUCAGAGUAACUUGAACGAGGACCCAAAGGAGAAUCGUAUGGACGUCCACUUGUUUGUUGCAACUUCGCCACCAAGUUGUGCGGCUUUCAGUUUAAAGCGCACGGCAAAUAAAAAUACUGAUAAAUUCAGUCAAGAAGCGGUAAGUACGGACGAACGUAAUUUAUACGUUGAUGACCUUCUUAAGUCAGUAUUAGACUUAAGUUCGGGAAUUAGACUUGCCGCAGAAAUGAAAGAACUUCUUUAUUACGGAGGGUUCAGACUGACAAAGUGGCUCUCUAAUUGUGAACAUGUCAUGAAUCCGGUCACAGAAGCGGAUCGAGGUCAGUCAAAUGAAAAAAUAGACAUUGACAACGAGUCGUCAUGUGAGCGAACACUUGGGUUACGGUGGAAUGUUUAG